CCUGAAUACGCCGGCGGCCCGAUGGAACGUGGAGGGGCGGGCUGGGGGCGCGCAGGCGCAGUGAGCGGGCGGCGACUGCCCGCCGGGCUGCACAAUGGGGCCGCUGGUGGCGUGGGCGCUGCGGGCGGCUGCCGUGUCCCAGUUCGCCCUCAGCCCGGGCAGCAGCGCCGCAGGUGCAAAAUGGAAACAUUUCAUCGACCAGACUGACAGAGCAAUGGAAGGCUACAGACCAUGUAUAAGGGAGAAUUGCAGCUGCUACCAAAGCAUGAGGGAGCAGGACUUGGCUCCCUUUCAGGGAGGAAUCUCCAAGGAGCUGCUGUCAGAUGUGGUUAGCCGGAAGCUUGGGACACACUAUCAGAUCAUCAAGAACAAGUUAUAUCGUGAGCAUGACUGCAUGUUCCCUGCUAGAUGUAAUGGGGUUGAACAUUUCAUUCUGGAGAUCAUCGGCCGCCUCCCAGACAUGGAGAUGGUGAUCAAUGUGCGAGAUUACCCCCAGGUCCCCAAGUGGAUGAAGCCAGUCAUUCCAGUAUUCUCUUUCAGCAAGACUUCCGAGUACCAUGAUAUCAUGUAUCCUGCCUGGACGUUUUGGGAAGGGGGACCAGCUGUUUGGCCAAUUUACCCCACAGGUCUUGGGCGCUGGGACUUAAUGAGAGAGGACCUCCGAAGAUCUGCAGAAAAAUGGCCAUGGAAGAAAAAAAUCUCCAAAGGAUAUUUUCGAGGAUCCAGAACAAGUCCUGAGAGGGAUCCCCUCAUUGUUCUGUCUCGAGAGAACCCAGAACUCGUCGAUGCUGAGUACACUAAAAACCAGGCCUGGAAAUCUGAAAAAGACACUCUCGGGAAACCACCUGCGAAGGAAAUUCCUCUGGUCGAUCACUGCAAAUACAAAUACCUGUUUAAUUUCCGGGGGGUAGCAGCCAGUUUCCGCUUCAAACACCUCUUCUUGUGUGGCUCAUUAGUCUUUCAUGUAGGGGAAGAGUGGCUGGAGUUCUUCUACCCACAGCUGAAGCCUUGGGUACAUUACAUCCCAGUCAAACCAGACCUCUCUGAUGUCAGGGAGCUGUUGCAGUUUGUGAAGGAAAAUGAUGAUGUAGCACAAGAAAUUUCAGAGAGGGGGCACCAGUUCAUCAUGGACCACUUGCAGAUGAAGGAUGUCUCUUGUUACUGGGAGACUUUGCUGACUGAAUACUCUAAAGCCCUGACUUACAAAGUUAAGAGGAGGAAAAACUAUGAUGAGAUGGUCUCCAAACACUUGAAAACAGAACUUUAAAACCAGUGUGGUUCUCUUUCCAGUUCAAGGCUUGGGACUGGUGGUCACUGAAAAUCCAAAGACUGGUGUAUCUUCUGUUACUCUUUGUCCCUUAGAUUUAUUAUCUCAUACUCUAAAGCAGUGGUUCUCAACCGGGGUCUGCGGACUAUGUCUAAAGGGUCCGUGAAAGACUUAGACUGAAAACUGACUGAACAGAAUUCAACUAUAUGUACAGACAAUAUAUUUCCAAGGGGGUCCACACCUCCAUUCGAAAUUUUCAAAGGGGUCUGCGAAUGAAAAAAGGUUGAAAACCACUGCUGUAAAGCUACAGCAAGCAGCAUUAUUGUUACUUUAAAACAGUUCCUGAGCAAUGAGACUGAAUCACACUAGCUAGACCCAAAACUUUUGGAGAACAUAUAUAAUCAAUAAAAAGGAGUACUUGUGGCACCUUAGAGACUAACCAAUUUAUUUGAGCAUGAGCUUUCGUGAGCUACAGCUUACUUCAUCAGCUCAUGCUCAAAUAAAUUGGUUAGUCUCUAAGGUGCCACAAGUACUCCUUUUCUUUUUGCGAAUACAGACUAACACGGCUGUUCCUCUGAAACCUGUCAUAUAUAAUCAAUGAGGCAGUUGAGUCUAGUGCUUAGAGCAGGGAACUGUCAAUCAAGACUCCUGGGUUCUGUUACCACCCCAAUCUCUAACUCACUAUGAGCCUGAUCCAAAGUCCAUUGUGGUAAUUGGGAGUCGUCAGGGCCUGGGGCAUGAUCCAAAGCCCACUACGUGACCUAUUUAAAUCCUCUUUGCCUCCCUCCAUGUAGGUAUACUCCUACUGGGGGCAAAUUGGCAAUGUUAUUGUGAUUGUGUGAUGGCAGUUUGGGUACAGGUGUUUCCUGUCAGCAGCCGGUUUUAGGUUACCUUUAUGGGUAGCUUAGGGUUGUUGUUUUUUUAAGUCUGUAAAGCACUCAGAUGUUAACACCAUGUUGGACACUAAAAAAUACCUUUGGACAGCAAAGCUACCUACUUCACAGAGGGGUUUUGAUGAUGAAUGAAUGUUUUUAAAGUGCUCUGUGAUCCUGAGAUGAGAGGUGCAAUCAUAAUGUACAGUGUUCUCUGCCUGUGCAACCCAAAGGGGCAUGCCUCCUGUCCCUUGCAUUUGCUCUAAAUAAUCUCAAGGCCUUGCAUAACCACCUGUCUUUUGACCAAGGAUAGCUGGAUGUAGGUUUUAGUCUGUGCAUUCCUUUGGAUGCUUUUACCUUACGUUUUAAAAAUUGGGUGUCUUCUCCAUGUAAGCUGUGAACUGUCCGUCUCUGUGAGUUGAGACUCUGUCUUCUAGACCAUGUGGCUGUGUUAACAGUACCAGCUUGCCUGAUUUUCAGCACAUUGGCUUUGAAUAUGAAAGGUCGGAUGUCACUGGAACACUUCUUUUUGCAGCUUUCAACAUGGCUCCUUAGUUGUGUGGUGGGCUCACUGCAGAAUGAAGUAAAGUGCUAAGACUGUCUGAAAGCACAACAGCGUAAGCAUCUGCUUGGAGUCUCACUCUUUUGAGGUUUUUGCAUCUUAUGUAAGUACUGCAACUCGGCUGGCCAUGUUCUACGUAGAUAACUGGUGGGGUGGGGAGAGGGAACAGAGGGGAGAUGGAGGCAACUACUUACCCCCUACUCCUCCUUUGUCAACUGAAUCAGAGGAAUAGAAAAAGCCAUGACCUGAUUUUUCUGACUUCUGGCAGAUUGGGGUGCUGCAGAGUUCUCACACACAAACACACCCCAACAUCAGGCCCCAGUACAGAGCAAGAAGGACUAGACAUGACAGGCAAACAUCAAUUUCUAGCGCAGAGCGCCAAUUACAGGACCACUGGCUGGGCUGACCCAGCAUGUAAAAGAGUUAAAUUAGAAAAUGAAUAACUUGGAGUCAGAACUGUGUAAUAUUGGAAGACUUUUUAAUAAAAGCUUGAAUGACAGGUUUUAAUGAGGUGAUGGAAUUAUCUGAAAUGAUACAACAGAUUUAUCUACUGUAUCUUUAAACCCUUUUUGUUUUUAAUGAAGUGCUUUUGGAUUAAAAACAAAAAAUCAACAA